AUGGUUUCCAGAAGCUAUGUUAUUCCAGUAUUCACAGACGAGUUUUGUAAACUGUUUCUAGAGGAAGUGCAUCAUUUUGAACAGAGUGAUGCUCCAAAAGGCCGGCCUAACACAAUGAUUAAAUAUGGGGUGCUUCUAGAAGAGCUAGGCUUCGAUCCUUUCUUCACUGAACUAAGAGAGCAAUACCUGAAACCAAUCACCAGGCUGCUGUACCCAGAUCUAGGAGGUGGUGAGCUCGAUUCCCACAAGGUAUUUGUAGUGCAAUAUAAAGUUGGAGAGGACCUUGACCUUGCAUAUCACUAUGACAACGCUGAGGUCACACUAAAUAUAGCAUUGUCACCCAAAGACUCGUACAAGGGAGGUAAUCUUUACUUUGGUGCUAUGAGAACAGAACUUGCUGUUGAUCGAUAUAAGGAGAUUGAGCAUCAACCAACGGCAGGUGUGCUUCAUAGAGGACAACACAUGCAUGGAGCAGCAUCUAUCACAUCAGGAGAAAGGUUUAAUUUGAUAUUAUGGAUGAGGGCCUCUAUUGUUAGAAAUAAGAAAUGUCCUAUGUGUGAUAAUAUACCUGAUUUAGUUGAAACUGUCGGGUUUGGUGAUGGCUUUACAAAGCCAGAAACUGUAGAUGUCUGUUCAGUGGUUUAGUUUAUGGUCAAAAAGUGUUAUAUUAUAACUAUUUUUCAAAUUGCAGCAUUGGAAAUAACCACAUUGACAUAUUGUUUCUUUGCCACUUCCCACUAAAAUGAAUUCAUGUCAGCAGUGCAAUAUCAGUUUUCAAUGUGUAGGUAACUUUUUCAUGUGUAUUAGUGUAAACUAUUUCAUGCUAUAGGAAACUUAAAAUUCUAUUUCAGGGCUAAAUUUCUUUUUGCAAUUUUGCUUGGAAACAAAGAAAAAAAUAUUUU